AUGGCAGAGGCAACGACUCCAGCAGCAACAUCGAGCGAAAAGCCUCAGGUCACUCUAUAUUGGCUCGAGCAAAGCCGAUCUCAACGAAUAGUAUGGCUGCUCGAGGAAUGCAAAGGCAUGGACUACAACAUCGAAGUCUUCAAACGGGGCAAAGACAUGCUCGCCGGCCCUGAACUGAAGAAGAUCCAUCCGCUGGGGAAAUCCCCCGUCAUCUCCGUCAAGGCCACAACGACCUCGACUCCCAUCGUGCUCGCCGAAUCGGGAACUCUCACGGAGUAUCUCGUGGAGUACUUUGCACCACAUCUCCAGCCAACGAGAUAUCAAGCCGGCAAGGAGAAGCAGGUUGGCGGCGAGACGGAGGAGUGGCUCCGCUAUCGACACUUUAUGCACUAUGCAGAGGGCAGCUUGAUGACCAUCCUUAUGCUGGGCCUAUUCACCGAUCAAAUCAAAAACGCCCCCGUCCCGUUCUUCAUCAAACCCAUCACUCGCACCAUUGGAAGUCGUGUUGAGGACCAAUUCCUGAACAGAAACUACGACACGCACUUUGGCUUUUUGGAAAAGCAACUGGAGACCUCACCAAACGGCGGCCAGUGGUUGACGGGCAAGGAGUUGACCGCUGCGGAUAUCCUGAUGAGCUAUCCACUAAUCGCCGGAAGAUCGAAGAUUGAUGCAACCAAGUUCCCCAAGUUGACCGCGUUGAUCGAUCGGUACGAGGCGCACCCGGGCUUCAAGAAUUCUGUCAAGAAGAUUGAGGAGGUUACGGGUAUGCCGUACGAGGCGAUGCUGAGUGCUCGGAAGUAA